UUUCGUUCGUUUCGUUCCUUGGUUCUAGUCAGUCUGCGCGCAGCGGUGGCACUGUGAGGACGCCGUCAGACAGCCCCGCACCGCCGCGCCGACCCCCCGGACGCCCCCGUGCUCGACGUCGCCGCCGAGAGUGCGCGCCGCGCCUACUAGUGCAGUGCAGUGAGAUAGUGUGCCCCUAGUGAACAGCAGCGACGCCAAAGGGAUAUAUCGCAGCUCGACAUCAGCUCGACGUCAACCCCGCCAGGCGUCAUGGACGCAGCAUGGACGCAGCAGUAGCGAGCACGGCCGCGACCUGUCACUAAGGAUGUCCCUGAGGGGCAGCAGGCUCGCCGUCGUCGUCCUGCUGGUGGCCGCGGCGCUGCCGAGGGCCGCCUCCGCGCCGGACAUGCUGCCGCCGGCCGCGCCGUCGCCGCUGGGCCUCGCCCUGGGCCUGGGGCUGCCGCUGCCGGGCGUGCCGCUCGAGGACGCCGACCAGGGCCGGCGGCCGAGCUGCGAGGAGGCGCGCCUCAAGUGCGCCUACCGGACGGGGUGCGGGCGCGCGCUGCAGAUGUACAUCGUGGGCUGCUCCGCGCUGCACCACGGCCCGCCGGGCCACUGCCCGGAGGCGUGCCAGCAGGCGCUCAUCGCCCUCACCUCCACGGACGAGGGCAAGGACCUGAUGACGUGCCAGUGCGCCGACGACCUGUGCGAGGAGACCAAGCGGCGCGUCGAGGUGUGCCGGCCGUCCGUGCUGCGCGCGACGCGUAACGAGUCGGUGGUGUCGUGCCGCGUGGCGCAGUGGAUCUGCGGCGCGGACGCGCUCUGCUCCACGGCCCUCGAGUACUACCACCGCUACUGCCGGCGCAUGUUCCGCGGCCAGAAGUGCACGGCGCGCUGCAAGAACUCCAUCUCCAUCCUCAGGCGGCAGGACAAGGCCGCCAAGCUGGACUCGUGCUGGUGCGACGGCAAGGAGGAGUACGACUGCCCGGCCAUCCGCAGCAACAUGGCGCAGCUGUGCUUCCACCAGGCGCCGCCGCGGACGUACGCGCCGCCCGACCCGCUCCCGGGCGACGUGGAGACCAACGAGCUGCUGCCCAAGCAGCAGUCCAAGGGCGGCGCCGCGCGCGCCCGCCUCGGGGCGCCGCUCCUCCUGCUCGUGCUCGCCGCCGCGCUGGCCGCCGCGUCGUGACACCGUCGCGGGCCUCCCGCCGUCGCGCCAUACAACUGUCGUCGUCCGGGCCGCGUCCGCGGUGGCGACGACGACGGCGGCGCCUCUGUCCCUCGCCCACCGCCCUCCCAGUUACCGCCCGGUGGGAGGGGGACAGAGCCAGAGCAAGCAGAUCCUCCGCACGUCCUCCGCUCCCCUGCUCCGCCGAGUGCAAAGCGUUGCGGAGCGUUGCAGAGCGCCACCCAGGGCGGCGCCACCGCGACAACGCCACGCUCCGCUAGCGACGGGCCCCGCGGGUCCAUUUGAAUGUUGGCGCGCUGCGGGAUGGGACAGGCCGCGUGCGUGUGGUCCCACCGCUGCCCACCCCGGCCCGAUCAAGAGAGCAGCAGCAGCAAUUGUUUCGGGACUUAUUUUACAUGGGCGCCGCCGCCGAGGACGGCUGCUGUAGCCGAGCGCAGCGGGCGUGGCAGCUGCUGCUGCUGCGGGGAUGCAGCGGAGCGCAUCUGCAACAACUACAGUACCUUGAAUCUGUGUACAAAAACAAGUGUAAAAAAGGCAGAGAGAGAAAAAGAUUCUAUUGUUGGAAAUGUAUAUGUUUCAGAGAUUAUUUAUCCAUCUUAAAUUUCUGUAGAUAUUGGUUUUUAAAAGAGAUUAUAUUUGUUAUAAAUUAUUUUCAAAGAGCGAAUUUUACCCUAUCGCGUUUUUACAUUUUAUAAAUUAUAUUAAACACCCUAUGACUUGUGAUGCAUCUGUGAUUUGUCAGGAAUUAUUAAUUCUAUUAUUUUUGCCCUGCCUAUCUAUGUUACCAACUUGCGUUCUUAUGUUCAAAUUAGGGUGUUAUUUUAGCCUGAUUGUGAUGAAUUGUACAUUUCUUUGUGUAUAUUUAAAUUUAGUCUAAGUGUACUGACUGAUCCUGUAUCCAUAAUAUUUCGUUGGAGCGACAUUUGUUCGCCAUCGUGGAGUUGGUCCCCGUACCAGCGUGUUAAAUUGAACAAAAGAAUAGUUCAAUUCAUAAAUGCAAAAUAUCUUUUGCCGUAUGAGUCAAGGUCCGUACUACAUAUCCGUGUACAAAACUGGUGUGUGAUAGUAUUAAAUAAUAAAAAUGGUUUUAGGCCAUGAAAGCCGCGAGUCUUGGUCCGUACUAAAGCAAGACAGUGAUUUCUAGUGAAUGUGAGAGUGUGUAAUUGAGUGAGUGUCUGAGACAGAGAAAAACAUGUACAAACUGUUAUGUACAAAUUUUUCUGUAAUAUAAAAUAACAAGCAUAUUGUAGAUAUUUUAUAUCAUAUGUGAAAAAUGUGCGAUAUGUAUAUUUUUGAAAGACUGUAGACUGUAGAAAUUGUAUAGUGUGAAAUUUUGUAUAUUUGGAAUGUGUUUGACAGAGGAGAACGAGAUAGGCAAUAAAUUGCAGUGGUUGUUACAAA